GCCAACUUGUGCCCCCGGGAAGGGGGAAGAGCGAUGCCCGGCCUGGGCGCCCCUCCUUUGCCUGGCACGACCGACCCCCCCUUUGCCCGCCCGGCUGGCCAAGAAGUUUGCGGAGUUGCGGAGACGCUGCGCUCUGGCGCGGUGAAGAGCCGGAGCGAGAAGGGGAGGCGGGCAGACGCCGCCCAGCGAGGGAAGCCCCUUCUCUGCCCUUGACCGGCUCUAUCCCCUCGCCCUUCCCGGGCUGGGCAACAGGAAGGCGGAGAAGGGGAGCCCGGCACCCCAGGAGAAGGCAGGGCAGGAGCGCAGGAGGCACCAUGGACAGCUCCGCGGAAGGCUUGAACGCUUGACCCGCUUCCCCGGCCGAAAGAGACCCUUCCCCACUCCGCCGGCUCCACGGGCGCCCCGCUUCCAGGUUUUGCGAUCUGUUGAAAAGCUCUAGAGAAGACUCAAAAUGCCCAUCCUAGAGAAGAUCACAGCCAAGAAGGAAAUUGGCACACAAAGCCAAGAUGAGAUGGUCCUUCCCAAGCUCCCAGUUCCUUCUCUCCAGCAAACAUUAGAUAUGUACCUUCGGUGCAUGAAGCAUCUGGUGACCGAAGAACAAUAUAAAAGAACAAAGUCUCUCGUGGAGACGUUUGGGGCACCAGGAGGCCAUGGAGAAUUCCUUCAGAAGAAGCUUCUUGAAAGACAUGAACAAAUGGAGAAUUGGGUAUUGCAAUACUGGCUAGAUGACAUGUAUCUUAACAACCGAUCAGCUCUUCCCAUCAAUUCUAGCCCAGCAAUUAUCUUUGCUCGCCAACAGUUCCAAGAAACAGAUAACCAACUGAGGUUUGCGGCCAAUCUCAUUUCUGGAGUUCUGGAUUAUAAAGCCCUCUUGGACAGCCAUGCGCUCCCUAUGGAUUUCGCUCGUGGACAACUGUCUGGUCAUCCUCUUUGUAUGAAGCAAUAUUAUGGACUCUUCUCUUCUUAUCGUCUUCCGGGACAUACCAAGGACACCCUCGUGUCCCAGAAAAGCAGUAUCAUGCCUGAACCAGAUCAUAUCAUUGUGGCUUGUAACAAUCAGUUCUUUGUCUUGGAUGUGGUGAUUAAUUUCCGGCGUCUCAGCGAGGGAGACCUUUUCACUCAGUUACGGAAGAUAGUUAAGAUGUCGGAGAGCGAGGAAGACAGGCUGCCUCCAAUUGGUCUUCUGACCUCAGAUGGAAGGCUGGAGUGGGCCAAGUCCCGGACAAUCCUAAUGGAAGAUUCUACAAAUCGAGACUCCCUUGAUACGAUUGAACGAAGUCUGUGCUUGGUCUGCCUUGACAGCCCAGGUGGAGAGGAGCUGAAUGACACCAACAGGGCCUUGCAGCUUCUCCAUGGUGGAGGCUACCAUAAAAACGGUGCCAAUCGUUGGUAUGAUAAGUCUAUGCAGUUUGUCGUAGGACGAGACGGAGUCUGUGGAACAGUGUGUGAACACUCUCCAUUUGAUGGGAUCAUUCUUGUGCAGUGCAUCGAACACAUGUUGAAGCACAUGAAAGAAGGCGCAAAGAAACUGGUCAGAGCAGAUUCAGUGAGUGAGCUUCCCGCUCCAAGGAGGCUACGGUGGAAAUGUUCUCCAGAAAUUCAGAAUCACUUGGCUUCUUCUGCAGAAAAACUGGAAAGACUGGUGAGGAAUCUAGAUUUUAUGGCUUAUAAAUUUGAAAACUAUGGGAAAGAAUUUAUCAAGAAACAGAAGAUGAGCCCAGAUGCCUACAUUCAAGUGGCACUCCAGUUGGCCUUUUACCGGUUGAACAUGAGGCUGGUUCCCACCUAUGAAAGUGCUUCUCUUCGUCGCUAUGAAUGCGGGAGGGUCGACAACAUCCGCUCUGCCACUCCUGAAGUGUUAAUAUUUGUAAAAGGAAUGGUAGAUAAGAAAUCAGCUCUCCAGAAUUCUGAAAAAAUGCAGCUAUUUAAGAGUGCAAUAGCAGCUCAGACCAAUUACACUGUUUUGGCUAUUACAGGCAUGGCUAUCGACAAUCAUUUGUUGGGACUGCGAGAGAUGGCCCGAGAAAGCUUGGAAGAACUGCCAGAAUUAUUUACUGAUGAAACUUAUUUGGCAAGCAAUCGAUUUGUUCUCUCCACCAGCCAGGUUCCCACCACAAUGGAGAUGUUCUGCUGUUAUGGGCCAGUGAUUCCUCAAGGCUAUGGGGUGUGCUACAAUCCACAGUCCCAGCAUAUCUUAUUCUGCGUUUCAAGCUUCAAAAACUGUCCAGAGACCUCUUCCAGCAAAUUUGUCAAAGCCAUAAGUGAAAGUCUAAUGGACUUGAAAGACCUCUGUACCGAAUCCAGCUUGACCUCGACAAGCCAGCAGGCUAAACUGGAAAGAUGUCCUUCAGUUACUAAACCCUAAUUCCAUGCGUGUCGUAGUCUUUUCCUUCCUCUCUUUGCAAAAUGUUCUUAAUGUAGAGUGAUGUUUCUGUAAAAAAAAAAAAAUGCCAGCUAUUUAUUAGAGGCAGGAGAACUUUAUUUUUCUUUAAGCAAGUAUUCCUAUCCCUAUUUAUCACAACAGGAGCUUAAAUUAUUGAGAAAGCUGACAUUUCAGUGCUGUGCAGUGCAAAUGUAUGAAUAAUGUUUGACCCAAAGAAUGAAAUUACAUGCAAUUCAUCUCAAUGUGAAAUAGGCAGUUAACGCUAGUAUUUUAGAAAUAGCUGCUGUGAACGUGCAAUAUGUCCCGGGGGGGGGAGAGAGUUCCAACUCUCUAUUAUUUAUUCAUUUAUGGAAUAUGUAAACCACUUUGGUCUAAGCAGGAUACAAAGAGCCACAGUAACGUAGCCAAUGCAAUAAAAAAAAUACAGCAGGACCUAAGAAAUGAUAUUGUGCUAACAAUAUUAAUUUUAAAAAAAUUUCCCAAUUUCAAGAUCUUAGAAAUCCCAAAGGUGCUUUUUCAAGAGGCAACUGGACUGUCUUGUUUUUCUUUGAAGACAUUUUGCUUCUCGUCCAAGAA